AUGUGGCGCUCUCUCUUCAGAGCUGGCGACAGCGCGGCGUUCGCCGCAGUAGACGUGCUGUUAUCGACUAGCUUGAGGCAUCAAUGGCGUCGGUUCUGUGAGAGAGUGACCCCCAGAUCGCCCUGGCACAGAUCCCGUGCAAGUGCGAACGUCAAAGCUCCGUCUGGCAGGUUGCGCUGCUUUCUGGGCGUGCGUGAGGAGCGCCGUGAAUACUCGACUCCUAAAACUGGUCAUGGCAGCAGGGUGCGCUGGACCCCAGAGGAGACAGGCAAACUUCUACAGCUACGCAGCGAGGGACUAGAUCAUGCAGCGAUUGCGUCUCACUUCCCAGGCCGAACAGCAGGUGCCAUUAGCAACCGCAUAACGAAACUCAUCAGCAAGCGCGAAGCCGAUGUGACACGCAGGCCAAGCGCUUCGUUAACCUCUGAUGAAAUUACAAAGCUUGACAAACUCACGACGGAAGGCCUUCCAUGGCCGCAGAUCGCGCAAUCAUUCCCCGCGCACACCGCUCAAACCCUUCGGAACUGCAUGCGUGCUCUGCGCCAGAAGGAGCAGGCGGUUAAGCAUGGUCGCUUCUCCACGGAAGAGGACGAAAAGCUACUAUCGCUCGUGGCCACCACGCGUCUCCCAUGGACCGAAAUAGCAGCGGCUAUGGGCCGAGCCACCAAAAUCGUGCAUCGUAGGUAUCACCUACUUGUGCCACCAGACCAGCGGAUCCUUCGCCGGCGUGCCGGAGCUUUGUCCGACGAAGAAGUGGAAAUCAUGCGCAUGAUGAAAAGCAAAGGCGGCUCAUUCCGACAGAUAGCUACUGUCCUUGGCCGCUACAGUACAACGAUUGCCGAGACCUGGCACAGGCUACAUGACGGCGUUGAGCCUAGGACUUGGGGCGCUCCACCACAACGUCCCGUACCUUUCGACAGGCAAGACGACCUGAUUAUUUGGGAGAACAGGAAGAAGGGUUUGUCGUUCCGCCAGAUAGGUCGGUUGCUGCAGACUACGCGAAGCGGACAGAGCAUUUCCUGCCGCUAUCGGCAUUUGGCGGACCUGAAACGGAUCGGGAGAGAGCCAACGUACAUUAUGCGCGUGGACGGCGCCGUGGAUUCACCGACCGCUGGAACGGAGAGUGCCAAGGACACGGCUGGAGAGCUUUCGACGCAUUCUCCGCCAUAA